UGUGACGGUGGUUGGCCGAUCAAAGCUUGGCAAUUCUUCGCUAGGGAAGGUGUUGUGACUGGUGGAAACUAUGGUAGACAGGGAUGUUGCCGUCCUUACGAGAUUACUCCGUGUGGGCACCAUGGCAGGGAGCCAUACUACGGAGAAUGCUACGAUGACGCGCAAACUCCAAGAUGCAAGAGAAAGUGCCAGUCGGGCUACAAGACCACAUACAAGAAGGAUAAGCGUUACGGAAGAAAGGCUUAUCAACUGCCAAACUCAGUGAAAGCCAUCCAGAGAGAAAUCAUGAUGCACGGACCGGUCGUCGCUGGAUACACUGUCUACGAAGACUUCUCUUAUUACACAAAAGGAAUCUAUAAGCACACCGCUGGUAGAGAAACAGGUGGCCAUGCCGUGAAGAUAAUUGGAUGGGGCAAGGAAAAGGGAACGCCCUAUUGGAUCAUUGCCAAUUCGUGGCAUGACGACUGGGGAGAGAACGGCUUCUUCCGCAUGAUUCGCGGUAUCAACGAUUGUGGAAUUGAGGAGGAAGUAGCCGCCGGACUUGUCCGAUAA